ACACAGAGAACAAUAAUAAGUGGUGCGGAGCGAACGACGUGUGAGGCUGGUAUGACUGAAUAACAGAUGAGGAGUGGCUGCUGGAAGACUGUUAAUGACUCCUACCGGGACAACAAGAGGAUCUAAACCAAAAAUAUCAACCAGGAACUCCAGUUUAACAUCAUAUUUAGCGGGAAAGUAAUUUCUCUAUUUUUCUCCUGAAGAGGAUCGUCCAAGUCAAGACUCACCUGUUCCAACCAGCAGUCCAUCAAACAUUCACUUCGGUGCAAUGAGCUCUCCCACCGUUCCCAGAGGAUGUGGCCCCAGCGUCAACUCCAUCUAUUACAACCUGUGCGACCUGACGGCGGUGUGGGGCGUCGUGCUGGAAGCCAUCGCCGCCGCCGGCGUGGUGACCUCCUUCGUCCUCUUCAUCACCCUCAUGGCCUCCUUGCCGUUUGUGACGGAUAAGAAGAGGAAGGGCAUGGUGGCCCUGCAGGCCGGCAUCCUGAUCUUCACGCUGGGACUGUUCGGGCUGAGUUUUGCCUUCAUCGUGGGCCGGUACGCCACCACCUGCGCCGCGCGGAGGUUUCUGUUUGGCGUGCUGUUCUCCGGCUGUCUGGCCUGCCUGGCGAUGCACGGCCUGUGGCUGGCCCUGCUGGAGCGGAGGGGCCGUGGCCCCCGGAGCUGGAUGCUGUGCCUGGGGGCCCUCGGUCUCUGGCUGGUGGAGGUGAUCAUCAACACCGAGUGGCUGAUCAUCACCGUGGUCAGGAAUCCACCCGGCGGUGCGGCUGCACCUGAUUCAUCCUGCAACAUUGCCAACCAGGAUUUCGUGACGGCCCUGAUCUACGUGAUGGUCCUGCUGCUCGCCGUGGUGCUGAUCGCCGUGCCCUCACUCUGUCAUAAGCACAGGCAGUGGCGGCGGGACGGAGCCUUCAUCCUGGUCACAGGGCUCUUCACCCUGGCCAUUUGGAUCGCUUGGAUUGUCAUGUACAUCUAUGGAAACGGGGUGGUGGGAAAUCCCGGCUGGGACGACCCCACCCUGGCCGUCGCUGUGCUGUCCAACGCCUGGGUCUUCCUCUUCCUCUACACCGUCCCAGAAAUCUGCCUGCUGACGCAGGAGGACCCGGAUCAGGAGCAGCCCCCCGAUGGAGAGGACGUCUAUCCUGCCAGGAGCUUGGUUUACGACAACAUGCUGAAGGAGGCGGAGCCAAACCACCAAAAUGUGUACAUAGAGAAUAAAGCCUUCCAGAUGGAUGAGUCUCCAACAGCGCCCUCAAAGCCCGUGUCUCCGUACGGAACCUACAACGGACAGCUGCGGAGCUGUGUUUACCAGCCCACUGAACUGGCUUUGAUAGCCAAAGGUCUGCCGAAGAUGGAUCCGCAGGCAUUACUGCCCCGAGCCCGGCCGUCCUCCAGCGCAGGGAGCAGCAGCUCGCUGCCCCGUCUGGUGGAGUCCUUAUCUGAAGAACUGUCGUAGGUUUUGUACUCGGUUUGUCAGCGGCUGCUAUAGGAGAAUGCUUUAAAUUAGGAUUUCUUUAAAGUGUGGGUCUGCAAUGUAUGAGAAAUGGCAAAAAAGGUUUUACUAAAUGCCAUUGUGAUCAAGAUUAUGGUAACGAACCCCUGAGACACAAUGUUUAUUGAGAUAUCAGACUAUAGGUUUGAAAACGAGAUGUUCUCAAAGUGAGAAUUUGGAUUUUUCUAAACUGUUUUGAACUAAUUUAAUAUUUUUUUCACUUGAAUUCAUGAUUCAACACUUGAAAGUCUGAACUCCUCGAGGAGAAGAGUCUCUCUUACCAUGAAAACUAAAAAAAUCCAUGAUAUAUUGUAAAACAGCCAAGGCUAGUUUUCCAUGCACUUUCUCUUCUACCAGUGUUCUGUUUGUUCUGUUCAGAUAAACACCAGGUGGCUCUGAAAACACUGAUGGACGCCUUAAAUCCGCUAAAGAACACAUACCCAAAUUGAGGAUUUCCAAAGCAAAAAGUUGAGACUGUGAUCUGUGCUCUCCUAGUCAAAGCUUAAACUCCAAACCUUCCUCUGUAGGUGUCCACCAAGAGCCACAAUCACCCAAAAGAAAGACGAGUUUACCUUCAAGCUACUUGUACGACCAAAAACUGUUCUGCCUUAAGUUUCUUCCGAUUGGUUAAAAUCUAAAGUCUAGAAUGUAACUAUAUCUUUCAGGUCCGCUGGGUUAAGUAGUAGACAAGAAUAAGGUUCAGAGAGGAGAGAACUAACAGACGAGAAUAAACUGUGUAACGUGUGGCUAUAAUUUACUGAGUUUUUUUGAUAAGUUUAUCGUGAAAGUACUUUUUUCAUCAAAAAUCUGCAGCAGAUAUUUUGUUAAUCUUUACGACAUAACAUAUUGUGUUUACGGAUUUUGUGUUCAACAGAAUAUUUGUUAUUGGCAAUACAUCUACCAUUAGGAAGAAUGUCUUCAGUUCUUAUAUAUCACUGCUUUCUCUGUGGGUUUU